AAAGCCUGACCAGAGGAGGCACACACACCAACUGACUGGGCAGCCUUCAAGCAAGAUGCAGCCACUCCUGCUUCUGUUGGCCUUUCUCCUCCCACCUGGGGCUGAGGCAGGGAAGAUCAUUGGAGGCCGAGAGGCCAGACCCCAUUCCUACCCCUACAUGGCAUAUCUUCGGGCCCAGACCUCAAGAGGUGGGCACACCUGCGGGGGGUUCCUGGUACGAGAAGACUUUGUGAUGACAGCAGCUCACUGCUUCGGAAGUGUUAUAAAUGUCACUCUGGGGGCUCACAACAUCCAGAGGCAGGAAAGGACUCAGCAACACAUCACUGUGCGAAGAGCCAUCCCCCACCCUGAAUACAAUCCAGACAACAUCCAGAAUGACAUCAUGUUACUGCAGCUGAGCAGCAGAAUCAGGAAGAAUGGAGCGGUGAGGCCCGUGGCUCUUCCUCAAGCCAGGAAUGUGCUGAGGCCUGGGGCCUUGUGCACAGUAACUGGCUGGGGCCUGGUCAACCAGAACACAUUAGCAAGCCGACUCCAGGAGGUGCAGCUGAGAGUGCAGAGAGGUCAGGUGUGCAGCCAACGCUUUGCUUUCUACACUGAAAACACCCAGAUUUGUGUGGGGAACCCUCGGGAGAGGAAGAACGCCUUCAGGGGAGACUCAGGUGGCCCCCUAGUAUGCAACAAUGUGGCCCAGGGCAUUGUCUCCUACGGAGAAAGGACUGGGACCCCUCCUGCAGUCUUCACCAGGAUCUUAAGCUACCUGCCCUGGAUAAGGAGAACAAUGGGACGCUUCGAAUGGCAGGAUCAGACUGAGAUGCCCCACGACUGACUCUUUUUCUUUGGGGGACGGGCCAGCUCCAAUGGAUUGCCAAAGCUUUAAUAAAUAACAGUUUGGAGUGUAAAUAUUUUUUCAGUAAACAUCA